AUGAACAAUGAAUGGAGAUAUGUGCCUUCGUCGGAAAAUCCAGCCGAUUUCGUAUCAAGGGGAGUACAACCUUCAGAAAUUAGCUCAUAUAAAAUGUGGUGGAAUGGGCCCUCCUUUUUGCCGCAUUCUAGCCAUUGGCCUUUAGCUCCAAAUAAUGGUAUUACAAAUUUACCAGAAACAAAACUUUCUAUAAAUUUAACCUUGGGAGCACAGAUAUGCAAUGAUUUUGACAUAAUAUCUAAAUACUCUAAUUACAAAACUUUAUUGCAUGUGACUGCGUAUUUAUUUACGUUUGCAUCGAAUUGCAAAAGGUCAGUAACACUCAGAAAUUUAGGUGAACUAACUUUGGAAGAAAUUAAUAUCGCUAAAUGUACUUUGAUAAAAUCAGUACAGUACAAGAAUUUUAAACCAGAAAUAGACAAACUCAAAUCAGGAAAACAGAUUUCACGUAAAAGCAAAUUGCUUCCUCUUUCACCAUUCUUAGAUUCCGAAAAUAUAUUGAGAGUUGGUGGCAGGCUGAACAAAUCUGAUCUAUUUUAUAACCAAAGGCAUCAAAUUAUCUUACCUUGUAAGGAUUAUUUCACAGAAUUAAUUGUUAAUCAUGAGCACAAAAGGCUUUUUCACGCUGGUACUCAAACAGUACUAGCUACCAUUCGAAAUGAGUUUUGGCCUCUUUCUAGUCGCCAAGCUAUCCGCAGAGUUUUACGAAAAUGUGUAAAAUGUUUUCGAGUACAGCCUACUGGACUAAUUCAAAAAAUGGGUGAACUACCUUCAUCAAGGGUUAACCCAUCAAAGCCAUUUCAUACGGCCACUCACUUAGAACUAGUUAGUGAUCUUACCGCUGAUGGCUUCCUUAAUGCAUUCAAAAGAUUUAUUUCUCGUCGUGGUUUAUGUAGGCACAUUUAUUCAGAUAAUGCAAGUACCUUUGUAAGGGCAAAUAAGGAUUUAUUAAAGUAUUUUGAAUUAAGCCAAUCUCUAGUUGUUCAAGAGUUUAUAACCGAUAACUUGAUUACUUGGCAUUUUAAUCCUCCUUACUCUCCUCAUAUGGGAGGAUUGUGGGAACGUGCAGUUCGCUCUACUAAACACCAUUUGAAACGUGUACUUAACAACACUUACCUUACUUAUGAAGAAUUUUAUACUCUUCUAUCUCAAAUUGAGGGCAUCCUAAAUUCUCGCCCUCUCCUUCCUCUUACCGAAGAUCCUGAUGAUCUACAGCCUUUGACUCCAGCACAUUUCUUAAUCGGUACUGCUAUUCAAACAAUUCCAGAGCCAGCUGUUCCUGCUGACCAUAAAAUUCAGUUAUCUCGAUACAAGCACAUUACUAUGAUGAUACAGCACUUUUGGACUAGGUGGUCCAAGGACUACUUGAACUUACUCCAGCAGCGACCCAAAUGGCGAGUUACUCAAAUUGACUCUAUCCAAGUGGGAUCUAUGGUGCUCUUAAAGGAAGAUGAUACCCCUCCAAUGAGUUGGAAAUUGGGAUGCAUAGUAAAGACUCAUCCAGGCAGUGAUGGACUUGUUAGAGUAGUGACAGUAAAGACUUACAGUGGUAUCACUAAACGUGCCAUAAAUAAGAUAUGUGUUUUACCUAUAGACGAUUAA